UUGCUCUUCCUCCAAAGCUAACUUGACAUGUGAUAUAAAGAAUGUAAGAAAAAAGAUUGGAGAAAUCUGUUAAAAACAAGACGACAUCUACCAAAUUGAAAUUUGACAUAUUAUUUUUAACAUAAUAUGGAUAAAAACAUAGAUGUCAUAUCAGAGAAGAUUGAUGAGUUAUUGUUACAUAAAUUAGAAUUAAUGGAAGAAAAGGUUGGUGCAAAUAUACAAAUGGAAACAUUGCUGAAGGAUGGUCACAUUGAAUUAGCCAAAGCAAAAUAUAUUCGUGGAAAGGAGAACAUCAGUAUUUUGCAAGUUCCAAACAACGAUGAUACAAUGAUAUCUUUAUUUGAUUUGGAAACUAAAAUAAAUAAAGAUGAUAAUACUGCAUCACUCGACAUUAGUUUAAAAAAGUCAAAUGAUGAAGCAGAAUCAAAAGAUCCUAUAAAAUGGUUUGGUGUAUUAGUGCCACAAAGUUUGAGAAAUAGUCAGAAACGCUUUCAGGACUCCAUCUAUUUUGCUACAAAGAUAGCGAAUGUACAAGCAGAACUUACUUCUGUUCUCUCCAAGCUUGAGACAUUACAUUUGCAAAAAGAUAGUUUAUGCUCUCCGAAUGGUAUUAAAACUUAAUUUAAUGUAACUUAAUGUACUAUAUAUAUCUACUGCUUUUUAUAAAAUUAAAAAGUAUAGUAUUUAAUAAGAUUAUGCAAUUAAUAAGAUGCUAAACCAUGUAUAAAUCUGAAAUGAAUCAAUGUGAAAAAUAUAUGCUCUUAUUAAAA